AUGGACAUUCGCGUGCUCCGCCCAGAAGAUAUUCCACACGUGCAACUAGCCAAUAUUACGAAUUUGCCGGAAAACUACUUUUGCAAGUACUACCUGUACCAUGCAUUGAGCUGGCCGCAACUCAGCUACGUAGCCGUAGAUGUCUCGCGCCCCCCCAAAACCCCCUACGACCCCCCCAAAAUCGUCGGCUACGUGCUUGCAAAAAUGGAAGAAGAACCCACUGACGGCGUGCAACACGGCCACAUCACCUCGCUCUCUGUCAUGCGCACACACCGCCGCCUGGGGCUUGCCGAGAAACUAAUGCGCCAAUCCCAACGCGCCAUGGCCGAGACCUUUAACGCACACUACGUCUCCUUGCACGUCCGCGUCUCCAACACCGCAGCCCUGCACUUGUACCGCGAGACGCUGGGCUUCAAGGUGGAUAAGGUCGAGGCCAAGUACUAUGCGGAUGGCGAGGAUGCGUAUAGUAUGCGGAUUGAGCUUGCGGAUGUUAAGAGGGCGGUUAAGGAGGAGGAGGAGAGUGUUUGGGGGAGUGAGGGUGUGGAUGAGGGGGAGGCUGUUGGGAGUGAGGGGCGCGACGAGGUUAAGAUGGUGAAGAUGGGGAGGGGGAGGGGGGUUGUGGAUUUGGUGGAGAAGAAUGAGGCUGCUACUACUACUGCUACUGCGUAG